CAGAUGACUCGUCCCAGCCUCCAGGUGCUCCUUGGAAUGCUGCGGCAAGGGAUGUAUGAUGAGACUUCACAAACGCACACCAUGCUCGGUCUUCUGUCGACGUACAGUCGACGACCACUCACGUAUACAUGGCCAGCCUAUCGCUCGUCGGCACCUCGUUGCUCGGUUUCUUUGGCUCACUGACUUCGAUUCUGAAAGCACCUCUGGCAUUGAAUACAUCAGCCAUCAUCGCAACAUCCCAUACCAAGAGCGCGCUGCUGCCACUCACCUUCAAGCCCUUUCCUUUAGGUUCCAUCAGGCCCGCAGGAUGGCUGCGGAACGAACUACGGCUCAUGUCGGAUGGUCUCGCGGGACAUGAACAUGACUUCUACAAGUACGUUGCGCAUUCCGUUUGGCUGGGCGGGGAUCAAGACUACUCCGGACUCAAUGAGGCGUUUCCGUACUGGUUCAAUGGACUGGUGGCGCUGGCCUAUGGUCUUGAUGAUGAGCGUCUGAAGCAACAGGUCACGACUUCCCUCCAGACCGUCUUCGAUAAUCAGCAGGAAGAUGGCUGGCUAGGACCAGAAAAGACCACGAGAGACAGAAACCUAUGGGCAAGAUUCCCUUUCUUUCUAGGACUGAUUCAAUUGGCCGAAGCAGACAGCGCUUGGACUCAGCCCGUCGUGGAGAAGCUCCAUGUCUUCAUGAGAUUGAUGGACCGCAUGAUGAAGGAUAAUUAUACGGGCUACAAUCCGCCCAACGAUAAUUGCUCGCCUGGAAACUGUGGAAGUGAUUGGGGAAGGGUAAGAAUGCAGGAUGGCAUGAUCACUUUGCAAUGGCUGUACGAGCAUCAUCCUGCAAAUCAAUCUCGACUACUACUCGACAAUAUGAGAUAUUUACACGAAGGCGGCCUGAACUGGGAGUCUUGGUAUACUGAAGAAGUGUACAUGGGAAGGUUAUUCGACAAAGACUUCAACGUUGUCAAUCCGCAUGGCACAUACGACGAUCCCAACUUUCCCUUCGAACAUGGAGUGAAUGUCGGCCAAGGAUUAAAAGCUGCAGCAGUAGUACGACGAUGGAACCAUAAUGCCACUCUGGUGCAAACUGCUAUGAACGGUGUCAACUGGACAAUGCGGUAUCAUGGCUCUGCGUCUGGCUCUAUCCUCGCUGAUGAAAGACUCGUUGGUCUCUCGCCAUAUAGUGGCUCGGAGCUAUGCACUACUGUGGAGACCAUGUAUUCACUGUCUUAUUUAUACCAAGCGCUUGGGACUAACUAUUACGCUGACCGCGCUGAGUUGGCCGCAUUCAAUGCCCUUCCUGCUGCAAUGACGCCCGACCAUUGGGCGCAUCAGUACAUGUCGCAACCGAAUCAGCCAUAUGCCAAGCACCUUGACAAAACUCCCUUCUACAACACGAAUGCAUGGGGUGCAACAUUUGGUCUGGAACCGAAUUAUCCUUGCUGCACUGUCAAUCAUCCACAAGGCUGGCCGAAGUUCCUAUCGAGCAGCUGGGUCCGGGUCGGUAGGAGCGGAGUGGCGCAUGUCCUCCUUAGUCCCAGCAGCAUCAAUACCACCAUCUUAAACAGUCCUGUGACGAUUGUCUGUAACACGGCAUAUCCAUUCCUAGACCAUUUGUCGUAUACCAUUACCACUACCAAGCCUAUCACCCUUUACGUCCGAGUUCCACAAUGGGCAGGCCCCACAUACUCCGACACUACCAUCACAGUCAACAACACCUCGCCAUCCUCCGUCAAUCCGAACACCGAAACGGGUCUCCACGCCAUCUCCCUCUGCCCUGGAACAACGCACAUCAGUUACAACCUCCCAUCCUCCAUCCGCGCCGAGUCGCGCGCAAAUGAAACCGUAGCAAUAUACAAAGGCCCUCUCCUAUACGCCUUGGAAGUCUCACACACAAACACUUCCACUCUCCCCAAAACCCCUGCAGGGGAUUCCACGUAUGCAUCCGAUUACGCACCUGCAGAAUGCAGAGAUUACGAAUUUCACAACACGAGUGCGUGGAACUACGCCAUUGAUCCGAGUUCUUUGAGAUAUGGCGGUGUCGCUGCUGCUGCCGCUGCUGAUGAACUUCCCAAUCCAAUCUGGACAUCAGGCGCCGCGCCGGGGUAUAUCGAAGUAGAAGGGUGUAAGAUUAAUUGGGACAUGUACUUGAAUAGUGUACCCGGUUAUCCGCCUGUGGGGAAAGAAAAGAAAUACUGUAUUUCUGAAAAGGAGGUGUUGAGGUUAGUGCCAUAUGGAACUGCGAAGACGCAUAUGGCGGAAUUGCCAGUGAUUGAUCUUGCACGUACUGAGGAGAGAAGCGUAAAGGAGCAGGAGCAGGAGGAGGAGCAGGAGAAGGAAGAAAGCAAUGGCUAAGAAGAUACGAUAAGGGUAUUACAUCCUGAACACGCCAAACUUCGUCUCUUUUUUCUCCACGCUCCCCGUCAUAGCAGCCUGUAAACCCAUUCCCAAUACCCUCCGAGUAUGACUGGGAGGUAUCACGCCAUCAUCCCAUAACCUCGCAGUUCCGAAGGUAACUUCACUUUCCCUUUCAAUCCGCUUUUUCAGUUCCGGAUCCACCGUCUUCCCCACCGCAGCCAUGACAGAGGACAACUGUUCCGCACCCAUGACACUCGUCUUCGCCGAGGGCCAGCUCCACAAGAAAUUCGGGCUGUAAGCUCUCCCACACAUUCCAUAAUUGCCCGCGCCCGCCGAACUACCUACCAAUACAGUAAAUUUGGGAACUUGUGCGCAAGCAACUGCGGUAACGAGUUUGGCACCAUUCUUGGCUAUACCUCCUUUUUCUGCGUCUUGCCCGACCAUGAAGCCGGAGAUGUUUUGGAGGAAUAUCAAGGGGAUGUGGCGUUGACAGCAGAGUUGAAUAAAAUGGGCACCUUUGAGGGAGGACUCGCUAAAAAGGAUUCCGUUGUUGGCGAUGAUUCCCACGGGGUGCCCAUAGAUCGAGGCGAAGCCCGUGAGGAGGGUUUUGCCGUAUGAGGGCUUAAAUUCGGAAAAUUCGGAGCCAUCCACGAUGCGUGCGAUGACUUCGUGCAUGUUGAUCGACUGUUUGAGAUUGGUGCCUACUAUACCUCCGAGUUCCUCGACAUCGUACAGAGGUUCUUGGAAAGUUUCUUUCCGAGCAGGAUUUGGGGAUUUGGGGUAGUUGAGGUUGGCAAUGCUUCUUCGAGCGAGGACGAGAGCAUGCGUGUCGUCUUCUGCGAGGUAGUCUGUCACGCCCGAGACUUCGGAAUGGAGUUUCCCGCCUCCUAGAUCUUCGGCACUGACUUCUUCUCCCGUGGCAGCUUUGACGAGAGGCGGGCCUGCCAGGAAAAUGGUGCCUUGUCCUUUGACAAUGAUGCUCUCGUCGGACAUGCUAGGCACGUAGGCGCCGCCCGCUGUACAUGAUCCCAUGACCACACUGAUCUGUGGUAUCCCUUGAGCGGACAUGUUGGCUUGGUUGUAGAAAAAGCGGCCAAAGUGAUCUCGAUCUGGGAAGACGUUGGCCUGAUGUGGCAGGUUUGCUCCACCGGAAUCUACGAGGUACACACAUGGCAGACGAUUCUGUUGGGCAAUUUCUUGAGCGCGCAAGUGCUUUUUGAUAGUGAUGGGGUAAUAGGAGCCGCCCUUGACAGUGCUAUCAUUGGCCAGGAUCAUGCAUUGUACGCCUUCUACAGUCCCAAUACCAGUGACAAUACCGCCGCCCGGCACGUCUUCCCCAGGGUACAUCUCAUGGCCAGCGAGAGCACUCAACUCGAGGAAGCUCGUGCCCGGAUCGACCAGAGCAGUGAUGCGGUCUCUGACCAGCAGUUUCCCUCGCUCCACGUGCUUCUGUCUCGACUUCUCGGGCCCUCCCUUGGCGGCAGACUCAUGGAGAGCCGUCAGCGUGUGCAUGUAUUCUGCCAUGGCGGCGGCAUUGUCCCGGAAGGCAUUGCUGGAUGGGUCUACUGCCGUCUGGACGACGGACAGCUGUGCGGCGUGGUGAGGGCUCGUGUAGGUGGACGCUUUCCGUCGUUGACUGAGGUAGUGGCAUUGGACUGGCUGGAGGACGAGGCGGAGGGGGAGGGGGUGGUGAAGGAGUCGUUGGCGGCGUGGAACGUGGUGCAACAGCGCUCGCGCAGGUAAAGGCAGCAGGAGGGAGGCCAUCGUGG